AUGUCUGGCAAGCUCGACCAAGCUCUCGACGACAUCACCCAGGCCCAGCGCCGUGGUGCUCGCCGUCGCUCCAACCCUCGCCGCGCUGCCGGACGCCCUGCCGCGGCCGCUCCUAUCGGUGGAAUCCAGAAGAACACCAAGCCCGCACGUGGUUCAGGCGCGAAGCCCGCUCCGGCCAAGGCCGCUCCCACCAACAGUGACAGCAAGAUCAUUGUGAGCAAUCUGCCUAAGGACGUCUCGGAGCAGCAGAUUAAGGACUAUUUUAUCCAGUCCGUUGGACCUAUCAAGCGAGUAGAGCUUGUCUACGGCCCCAACUCACAGAGCCGCGGUGUUGCCAACGUCACCUUCCACAAGUCCGAUGGCGCUAGCAAGGCCUUCCAAAAGUUGAACGGUCUUCUCGUUGACAACCGACCGAUUAAGAUUGAGAUCGUCGUCGGAGCCGCCCAGGCUGACAAGGUCAUUCCUACCGCCAAGAGCCUCGCUGAGCGUACUAGCCAGCCCAAGGCCCAAGCCAAGGCUCAACCCAAGUCGGCUGCUGCUGACAAGCACAACGCCGGUGCGGCCAAGGGAGCCGCCAAGGGAGCUGCUAACAAGAAGCGCCGUGGUCGCAGCAGCCGUCCUGCCAAGAAGACUCAAGAGGAACUCGACUCAGAGAUGGCUGAUUAUUUUGUCGCCCCUGCCGCUGAGGCUGCCGGCAAUACUGCUGCUCCUGCUGCCGCACCAGCUCCCACUGCUGAUGCUGAUAUGGAUGAGAUUGCUUAA